GACUUGACAGAGGAGUUUAGGGAAGAAAAGGCAGAAGCCCGCUCUAAUCAAAGCUAAGAAAUGUGGACAAAAAUACACAUUUUUUUUUUGUUUUCCAUUGCCUAGCGCCCUCCCAGGAGCCCUGAUACUGAAGCCUCCCCACACCUCCAAUGGCUCUGAGGACCUUUAACUAUGUUGUAUGGCUCCCCACUGCUACCAGCAGGUGGAGAGGAGUCUGAGAAGUAACUGAAGGCACAGAAAACAGUCCACCCUAAGCAUGGGAGGACAUGAAUAGAGCGCCCAGUCCAGAAGGAAGCAAGGCUGUGGUUAAAAUGCAGGCAGACAGGGCCUGAGGAGAAAGCUCCUGUGCAGAUGGGCGGAGUCUAAUGAUGGCAUGUGACUAAUAGUUGAGGGUGGGGCUGAAAACUAGGGAAGCCUAAAUGACAGGUGAGGGGACUGUAAAGACCAAGGCCAUGGACGUACAAACUGUGAGCUCAGCCCUUUCAGAAGAGAACCCCCUGGCAGAUGAGCAGUGUGUAAAGUUAGAGAAGACAGCCAUAAAGAUUCAGUCAUGGUGGCGGGGCAACGUGGUCCGACGAACACUACUGCAUGCGGCACUUGGAGCUUGGGCCAUACAGUGCUGGUGGAGGUCGGUGCAAACCAAGAUGCUGGAGCAAAGACGGUCCUUGGCACUAAAACUCUAUACCUGCCAGGAAUGGGCAGUGGUGAAGAUGCAGGCACACGUUCGCAUGUGGCAGACCCGCAGACGAUUCCUCCAGGCACGCCAAGCAGCCCGCAUCAUCCAGUCUCACUGGCGCUGGCAUGCCAGUCAAACCCGAGGCGUGAUCCGGGGUCACUAUGAGGUCAAAGCCAGCCGGCUGGAGAUUGACAUCGAAAUUCUUAUGACCUAGGGUGCUGGCAAAGCCAUGGGGGUCUGGAUCUCCCUCCCAAUAAAGACACUUACUGACCAUA